AUGAUCAAUCGACAAGGCGUCGCAGCAAAACCGGUCUCCCGCGGGAUUCCUAUUCGCACGCCAGGAGAUAAUCGUCCACAGGCCCUUCGGCAACUCUCGACGCUAAACAAGAUUGUUCUACAAUGGAACUAUGACAUGGAAGGCGAAAAGCCGCCAGACUUCCCUUUCGACCUCAAGAACAUUCCGAACACGUUUCAAGGCGGCGAGCAAGAGUAUGUCUCUGUUUUCGAGCCAUUAUUAGUGCUUGAAUGCUGGGAGCAAAUGCAGAAGAGCAAGUACGAGGUUGACCGAGGAGACGCUCUCACGUUCAAGUUGACAAAUGUGCAGACGGUGGAUGUUUUCCACGAUCUCACCUUCACUGCCCCAGGGAAGCAAAUGCGGUUACGAGGGUAUUCCGAACACGACGUCCUGAACGUGACGGACGUGGAGGUUCCGCGCCAGGGACAUGAGAGUACUAGCGGGAAAUCUUUCCUGGCGAAAAUCACAAACGUGUCAUUCAAAGCCGAUGAGGGCAUUGUGAUAGCCAGGGUCUAUAUGAGCGUGAAUGCGGCUCUUGCCCCUCGGUUACGAGCCGGCGCCAAGUUUUCCCUCCUUUCAACUUUCUCCAUGACAACAUCCAUCCGGGAGUACGGGACCCUGUGCGCUUUACCAUCGCUGUGCUUACUCAAGGAUGUCUUGCGGCCUGGCAAGAUUCGGAAGUUCCAUCCAAGACCGGACGACGUACGCCUCAUGAUGACACGGUAUAACCUGAACGAGCCUCAGGCUGCGGCGAUCUCGGGGGCUGUCGCUCAGUCAACGGGGUUCACCCUUAUCCAAGGCCCACCGGGAACGGGAAAGACGAAAACUAUUGUUGGCUUGAUUAGCGCUUUGCUGACACGAGAGAACGUUGUCAAGGUGCCUGGCCAGGCUGUGACGCCUAACAGCAAGCAUCGACUGCUAUGUUGCGCUCCGAGUAACGCGGCAAUUGACGAGAUUGUGCGCCGAUUGAAGGAAGGGAUCCCGCAUCCGAGAGGCGGCACGUUUGUGCCGAGGGUCGUUCGCAUUGGAACAACUGAAUCCAUUCAUACCUCUGUUCGCGACGUUACCCUCGAGGCGAUCUUGGAGGGCAUCCUGGCGACAACUGGCAACUUUCAGGAAGAUGACAGAAUGGCGGACAUUCGUUCAGCCAUCACCUCAUUGAAGGACGAACGUGAACGCCUUCGUGCUCGCGAGGACGAUAACGAAAUCGAAGCAGAGGAGGCGAGUAAAGUCGAUGCAAAGAUCUCGACCAUUACGAAGAAGCUCGCUGCGUUGCAUGAACAGUUGCAGCGUGAACGACAGGAAAAGACUGCUGCAUCUCAAGCGCGAGACAAGUACCGUCGCCAGCAGAAACUCAAAGUCCUGAUGGAGGCCGACGUGAUCUUGUCAACGCUGAGCGGAGCCGGAUCCGAUGUCCUUGGGGAUUUGCAUGAGCUCACCUUUCCCAUUGUGAUUGUGGACGAAGCGGCGCAGUCUGUGGAACUUAGCACCCUGAUCCCAUUGCGGUACGGCGCAAAGCAGUGCAUUCUCGUCGGAGAUCCCCAGCAACUGCCGCCGACAGUGCUUUCGCAAGUCGGUCAGUCAUACUCGUACGAGCAAUCCCUGUUCCAGCGGCUCAUGAACAAUGACCCCGACGGUACGCAUCUCUUGAGUAUUUCGUACCGCAUGCAUCCCAGUAUAUCUUCCUACGUCAGUAAAGGAUUCUACAAGGGACGGCUGCGAGACGCGCCCAAUAUGUCGGAAUUGUGCACCGCGCCGUGGCACAAGGACUCGAUGUUUGCACCCUACCAGCUCAUCGACAUGUACAACGGACGCGAGCAGACUGGAAGAGGUCAUUCGUACUUCAACCUGGACGAAGCGCGGUUGGCUGUGGAUUUGGUGGAGGUGCUGUGUUCGAGGUUCCCGGACUACAAUUUUGCGGGGAAGAUAGGCAUUAUCACGUUUUAUAAGAAACAAGUCAGGGAGAUCAAGAACACCUUUAUUAGGAAGGGCUGGACCCGCGAGAUGAUGCAGAAUAUCGAUGUCAAUACCGUGGACGGAUUCCAAGGCCAGGAAAAAGAAAUCAUCAUCCUCUCCUGCGUACGAGCAAACGGUAGCGUCGGUUUCACCAGCGACAUCCGCCGUAUGAACGUUGCACUAAGUCGAGCCAAAUACUCUCUGAUAAUCCUGGGCAACCUGGAAACACUGAAACGAAACCGAGCCUGGCGCGAUUUGAUCGAGGACGCAGCGGGGCGGCGGAUGAUUAAGUCCUGGACGGAGCGGCUGUCGCGGUUAAGAGACGAGGUUAGAGGGAGGCCGGGGAAUAUGUUGCCGCGGGUGGAGGCUCCGCAAGGGGACGGGGCGAAUGAUGGAGAGCGGAAGACUGAGCGGAAGAGGGAGCGGAGUGAUGAGCAGGGGUCGGAUACCGGGAAGGCUGGUCGCAAGGUAUGCUCAAAAGUGGUGACAGCGCAUCAUCUUUUGACUAAGGCUAACUCUCAACUCCAAUAUCUAGCGCAAGAACACACCACAAUCUUCAUCAUCGAGCGAUCAAAAAAGAGCACGGCGGUAGCUACUUCUGGCGCACACACAGAUAGCACACAUGCGUUUCGUAGUCAAGUAGCAUUUAUCUACAUUACUCCUUACAGUACAUAG